UUGCUCUUUUACUGCAGUGCUAACAAGUAAGUUUCCUUCUCGGAGCACAACCCUCUGAGAUGACCUGGCUCCCUCCAGUUGAUUAAGGAGCAUUAGGCACACAGAAAAUGUUUAAUGGAAAGCCACUCACAAUCAAUUAUUUAAGCAAGCAUUCAAAAAAAUACUUUUCAGAUUAUACUGAGUUUGCCCUCAGAAGUAGAAUUUCUGCACUGGAGGACCUAAAGGAACUGCCACCAUCAGAGGAUUACAAGGACUGUUUGUUCCACCAUUGACCUGUUCAUACAACAGAAUGAAAAUCUUCCCUGGGCACUGUUGAAGUUCAAGAUGACCGACAACAGAAGUGCAGCAGUCAUCAGCCAUGCAAGAUAAACAGUAUGAACAUGCACUGUCACAGGCUGCAGAGUUCAAGUUUUAGAAACGGAGCAAUCUACAAAAGUAAGCUCCUUGAAUUUCCAAUGAAAUAGCCUAUGUUGAAAAACAAAAUUGAGAGUUAAGAAUGAUUACGCACAAAAUCUGCCUAGGACAAACUGAAGUUGUAUCGUAUGCUGUGUGAAAGGAAUACAGUGACAUCGGCUGACAAGAACUGGUACCAGAGUUUGUUCACUACUCAGUCACAGGGGGUGGGGAAAAAAAUGGCAGACCGUCUUCAAGAGCUUAAACUGAGAACAAAAGAACUGCAGCUAGAUGAAGAGAAGAGCCGUGUACCUGGGGGAAAAGAGGAACAAGGAGAGCUUGAGCAGCAAGCAGUUAUUUAUGAGAAAGAGCCCCUAACAGAGAGGCACUUACAUGAAAUCCAAAAGCUGCAGGAUGACAUUAGUAACCUAGCAGAGGAGGUUCAAAAGUUUGGUCAGCAACAGAAAAGCCUUGUGUCUUCAAUGAGAAGGUUCAGUGUUCUUAAAAGGGAGUCUAACAUUACCAGAGAAAUAAAAAUUCAAGCAGAGCAAAUAAAUAAAAACUUAGAGGAACUGUCAAAAAUCGUGAAGAAGGCUGAAAGAGAGCAUGGGCCAUCUUCUGCUAUUGCAAGAAUUCUUACAUCACAGCAUGCUUUCCUAUUCCAGCGUUUCCAGAAAACCAUGCAUUUGUACAAUGAUGUUAUAAUAGCUAAGCAGGAAAAAUGCAAGACUUUUAUUAUCCGUCAGCUUGAAGUAGCCGGCAAAGAAAUAUCUGAAGAAGAAGUCAAUGAAAUGCUUCAGCAAGGAAAAUGGGAGGUUUUCAAUGAAAACCUGCUCACUGAAGUCAAAAUCACUAGAGCUCAGUUAUCUGAGAUUGAACAAAGGCACAAAGAACUGGUCAAUCUAGAGAAUGAGAUCAAAGACCUAAAAGAACUCUUUAUCCAGAUUUCACUUCUGGUGGAGGAGCAAGGAGGAAUAAUAGACAAUAUUGAAAUGAAUGUAAGCAAUACUCAAGACUAUGUUCAAACUUCAAAAGAAAAGUUCAGACUUGCAGUCAAGUAUAGGAAAAGAAACCCCUGCAAAACUCUAUGUUGCUGGUGUUGUCCAUGCUGCAGAUGACAGAAGUUAGGUGUCUGAAAUACUGAUGCCUACCAUUUUGCCAAGCAGACUUUUAAAGCAGCUCUGCAGUGUCAUUUACUUUGCCCAACCCCAGAAUUCCUUUUCACUCUGCCUGUUAUACAUGCCACACUCCAAGAGUCACAUCUGCUCUUCCUAGCAGCUAGGGGAUUGUGAAGGGAAAUCUCAGCUGUUUCUGAAAAUUAUUGCCACCCACCACCCAAAAAAAACCACCAAAAAAACCCCACAAAAACAAAAACCAAAAAAAGAGCAGCAAAGAGAGAAGGGAAAAAGUCACCUUUACUUGUCCUCUUGGAAAACAAGCAGCUCUCCAGGAAGUAUAAACAGACUGUGAUACAAACACACGGUGGCAUGAUGCCUUGCCAGUGCUGCUGGCAAGUGUUGAUUAUACUGUGAACUCCAGACACUGUGAAGCCAUAAGACUGGUUUACUUACAAGGUUUUUAAAAUACGUUGCAUUAUUUUUGUUUGGUGUUUUUUGAGCUUUAAGUUGCACUGAAGUCACAUUUUCAUGCCUUCCUCAGGAUCUAUAAACAUUCUCAACGUGAAAAGCUGAGAGUCUCACCUAAUCGCUUUUCUUUGGGAACAGUGGCUUUAAAAACAAAAUCACAAUAGUCCCAAAACAAUCAGAAAAAUAUUAGUACUGGAUUAAGUGCUUCCAGAAAAGUACAAACAGUAUUAUCUGAGGUCAGGAGUGGGCAGCCUUUUGCUGGUGAGGGCUGGAGCUUAUGACCUGGCUAGUCACUGGGAACUGGAAUCCCAGCCCCCUAGCAGCUGGCUGCCAAUUUCCCAGCCCCUCUGCAGCAACAGAGAAGCUCAGAGACUGCAAAGCAGCAGGUUGAACAAUGGACAAAAGGACUGAGGAACAGAGGGCCAAUGCAGCGCAGCUCCCCGAGACUAAUUCUCUGGUGCUGGAUCAGACCUCUGAGGGCUGGAUAUAGCCCAGAGGCCACAGGCUGAUGGCCCUGAUCCUAGAAAGUCCAUUAGGAAAAGUGAGAUUCCCUAUCAAUAUCAACUUAUAAAAAGUGCAAAGAAAAACAGCUUAACACCAUCACGAGACCUGAAAACAAUAUUUAGAUAAUGUGUUUCAAGGAAGUGCCCACUUCACUAAGCUACAGUAUCAUCUGUGUUUCAUGUACACCUUUGCCUACAAGGGCCCAGCUUCAACAGGUCUGGAGCGACCCAUGCCAGCCUUAUCUAUAACCAAGUAGUGAGGAUAUCCUCCUGGGGAAUGAUAAAUAUAGAUUUGAAACUCCUAGGCUGAAGAAGGCCUAAACCCCAGAUCUGUUACUUCCUGAGUGAGUGCUGUAACUGUGUCAUUGGGUCUAUGGGACUCCCAGAGGGGCCAAGAAUUCAGAGGCAGAAACAACCAAAUUCAGGGUAUAGAGCUCCACUGAGCUACACAUUGGAAUAGAGAUUUUACUUCCCUAGUCCUGAAAGGCAAAAACCAUGGCAAAAAUGAGACAGCAGAAAUGGGUUCACCAUGGGACACUGCCACGUUUUUAGCAGGUCACAGAAAAAUGUGGAUUCUGCAUUUUUCCAUAGUUUUCCAUGGCAAAUAGAAAACUAGGAUCCCUGAUAAUCACCCUUCAGCUAUUUGAAGACUUACCAAAUCCCCACUUAGCCUAUUCUUCUUUAGACCAGGGGUGCUAAACCUGUGGCCCUCAGGCCCGAUCCAGCCUGCAGGGCUCCCUACAAAUCUGGAAAUUUGGUGGCAGAUAAGCAGUGGCCUGCUCUCCUGCUGCCAAAUCUCUGGACCUGUACCAAGCCCCGGGCCCUGUGCACUGGAUCUGGUGCCUGAUCCUAAAGUGUAGGGCUUGAUGGGGCGGCACUGAGUCACUGGGACCCAAACAUGGUACAUAGUGCGCGGAUGGGAUUGGCCAACCCAUGCAUAUUGGAUGGAUUGGCCAAUCCCCAUCCACCCCAUCCAAUAUGGCCCACAGUUUGGCCCCAUGCCACUGACCUGGCCCUUGGGAAGAAAGAUUGAGCAUGAAUGCUCUAGAGUAAAUAAUCCUAGUUCUCUCAGCCUUUCCUCAUAAAUCAUGUGUUCUAGACCUCUAAUCAUUUUUGCUGCUCUGUGCUGGACUCUCUCCAAAUUGUCUACAUCCUUCCUGAAGUGUUGGGCCUUAAACUGGACUUAGUACUCCAGGUAAGGCCUCACUAGUUGUAAAUACAGCAAAAGAAUUACUUCCCUUGA